CACACAGCGACAAAACGAAACAAGGAAUCAUGGGAAGAUCCUCGAAGGACAAGCGGGAUGUCUACUACCGCCUUGCUAAGGAAGAAGGAUGGAGAGCAAGGAGUGCAUUCAAGCUGCUGCAGAUAAAUGAUGACUUCAACAUAUUCCAAGGUGUGACAAAGGUUGUUGACCUCUGUGCAGCCCCAGGUAGCUGGAGUCAGGUGUUGUCACGGAAACUCAGAGGUAUUGAUGGUAAACAGAGUGAUGCUAAGAUUGUGGCAGUGGAUCUACAGGCUAUGGCGCCAAUUCCUGGUGUUAUACAGCUUCAGGGAGAUAUUACAAAGAAAUCUACAGCUCAAGAAAUCAUCAGCCAUUUUGAAGGGGAGAAAGCUGACUUGGUGGUCUGUGAUGGAGCCCCUGAUGUCACUGGCCUUCAUGACAUUGAUGAAUAUAUACAAGCUCAACUUCUGCUGGCUGCUCUGAACAUCACAACGUUUGUCCUGAAGAAAAGCGGAACAUUUGUUGCAAAGAUAUUCCGAGGAAAGGAUGUGACGCUCCUGUAUUCACAGCUGAAGAUUUUCUUUCCAUUUGUCACCGUCUUCAAACCCAGAAGUAGUCGGAACUCCAGUAUAGAGGCCUUUGUGGUGUGUCAGAGCUACUGUCCCCCGGAGGGCUACACACCCAACAUGUCCAACCCCCUGCUGGAUCAACACUACGAUGUGGACUUCAACAAUCUAGAAGGACCCAACAGAAUUAUUGUUCCCUUCCUUGCCUGUGGUGACCUCAGCGGCUUCGACUCGGACCGGACGUACCCUCUGGAGUUGGAGCCAGGUAAAGGCUAUACCUACCACGCCCCUACACAGGCUCCUAUAGACCCGCCCUACAAACAAGCCUGCAUCCUUAGGAAGUCAGACAAACUCGCCAAACAAGGGCCUCGACUCACUGAUACCAGUAACACUAGUUGUGUGGAGACUAGUGCUCAAGAGAGUGAAAGUAGUUGUGUCGGCAGCAGUGUUCCAUCAUGUGAAACUAGUUGUGAGGAACAUUGUACCAAAAGUGAAGAAGACACAUUAGUUGGAGCUUGUGGUGGGAUUGAAAAGUUGAAACUGGAAACGUGACCUUGUGAUCUGAGAUUGCAAUUAUAUGUUUUACAGUAGAGAAUUUAUAUGAGGUUUUAAAUGUGAAAAUGAGUUGCUCUCUAUACAGGAUAUACAGCAUGUAUGGUUCAUAUAACAACAUAAUUCAUUCA